UGCCACUCCCGCUUCCGUCCCGCAUCUAUCAACAUGCGGAACCAGAGGCCGUCCACCGUCUCACCCAUCUUCAUCUUCUUCCUCCUCGAGUCUAUCCCCACUGCUCUCGCUGCUCGUAAACAAAACCGUCCCAGCUACCGAACCUGCCACGAAGUCUCCAUAGCCUGUCCCCUUUGAGCGACGACGUAUAGUUACUAUCCUAAACUCGGCCCGAAUGCCUUCUUCCUGGUAUUGUUCGCCCUUUGCUUCGUAGGAUCGCUAGGUAUCGGUAUAUAGAGCAAAACAUGGACAUACACGCUUAUGUUGGGUGGAGGCACCUUGUUGGGAGCGCUAGGAUACCUCGGUCGCGUGCUCAUAAACGACAACCUGUGGAGCAAGGCAGCCUUCGAGAUGCAGAUCUGCUGUCUUGUUCUUGGGCCAGCUUUGUCGAUGCCGCCAUCUACCUGACGCUGCAGCAUUUCGUGUUGUACUGUGGACCCGAGUUCAGCCUGUUGAAGCCCCGCCUCUACCCAUGGCUCUUCGUUGGAUGCGAUUUCGCCUCGAUCGUGAUGCAGGCCAUUGGCGGAGGCGUGGCUGCUGGAGGAGGAAUUUCGGACAACAUCAAGGUCGUCAACGUCGGUAACAGCCUCAUCCUCGCGGGUAUCGCUUUCCAGGUUACCGCCAUGAGCGUUUGUGGCUUGCUCGUCCUCACAUUCCUGUGGAGGUACCGCAAAGCGCGAGCAACCCUUUACGCGUCGAACGAGAAGAGCGCAUACGACCUCAGCAAGGCCAGUAACGCUGUGAGCAGGAAGCUAUAGUGUUCGGCGGAGUAGCCGUAUUGGCAUACUUGAACAUCUUGAUUCGAUGCAUCUACUGACUGCCUAAGAUGGUGGGAGCAUGGGGUAAAAUGCUCUUAUGAGGAAGGAGUUCUUGCUGCUUAAUGGAAUUUAAGAUGAUUGCGAUCGCAUGCUUUGUAUUGACCCUGUUCCACCCUGCCUUCUUCUUUGCCCCAUUCACCGCUUUCCGCCAAAGCAGACGC